AUGCUCUUCCACUUUCCGGCGAUCGAAACUGUAGCUGCUCGAACCAAUGUACCAUUGUUGGGAUGGCUCAAGUGGUUAGAGCGCGAAUUUACUGACCGGAAGAUCCGUGGUUCGAACCCGAUCUCUGCAUCUCGACUUCUCCUGUCUAGGCUAGAGAAAUCUGGCAGUAUCGCAGCCCUCAGCUUCAUGGAGGGGGUCACAAAGAUGAAAUCAAAUAAAACGGACCAUCCGACGUAUUUCCAACCAGAAGUGGAAGAAGUCCUGGCUUCUUUGAAUCUGAAGACCGACAGUCUGGACAGUCCUUCUUUUGAUGUGGUGGCUUAUAUCAACGAGAUGUUUCCCACUGAGCAGUCCUUGGCGAACAUUGAUGAUGUCAUCGCCGACACAGAACGUAAACUGGAUGAAUUGGAAUCCGAAACUCGAGGUAUUAUCCACAGUCAAUGGCAGAUCGAAGAAGAAGGCCAAGAAGUUGUUCAAGAAGCAAUGCAAAUGAUGAAGACUUUGUUUACCAGAAUACAUGAUGUGCAAGAUCGGGCCACACGGUCAGAGCAGAUGGUGCACGAUAUAACCAAGGAUAUACAACAAUUGGACCAGGCCAAACGCAACCUAACGGUUUCGAUAACAACUCUGAACAAUUUAAUCCUCAUAGUCAAUGCGUUGGAUCGUUUGAACGAGUUACUGCAGAUUAAACACGUCACCGAAACUGCAUUCCACACCCCCGAAAAGAUUCCUAAGGUCGCAGCUAAUCCGUUUGCUGACAGCGACAGUACUUUGGAAUCAGAGAAGAAUCCACGAGACUCAAAACAAGCAGCGAAAUUCUGCUUGUCUUUCGUUUCCGAGGUUUCCGACUUACUUUCCCAAGCGCAACGUCUUGUGCAACCAAUGCUGGCGGCCUAUCAGUCUAUCCCUUCAAUCAGCAGCCUUGCUAGUGAACUAGAUACAAUACAUUCAGUCCUUGCCGAAAGACUUUCACGCGAGUUGAGAGCGUUGCUUGCUGGCAGUCGGAAUGUGUUGGAUAACGCAGCGCUUAUACAAAUGUCAUGUCAGCUCGUUGAGUUGAUGCCCGAAAAGCUGUCUGUAAAGUCCAACCUACUUACUUGGUUUAUCUCGCGGCAGCUGGGUGAAUAUCGGGAACUCUUCGAUCCUAGCCAAACCGCUGCGUGGAUUGAUAAGAUCGAUCACCGCUAUGCGUGGCUUCGAUCCAAUCUGCCUCCGAUGGAACGUAAAUUCCAGGCAAUAUUCCCCUCCCAUUGGCACGUGACAGAAGAGCUAAUUGUCGAGUUCUGCAGAAUCACACGGACGGACUUGGAAAUUGUGAUGAAGCGUCGACAAGCUGAAUUAACACACAACCUACUCAUCUUUGGACUGCAGAGAACAUUGGCCUUUGAAUCCAGUUUGAAUAAGAUCUAUCCAGAUUUUACGCCGUCGGAAUGCUGUCAACAGCGGACAGGUGCCGAAUCAUCGAACACGAAACGCCAGAAAUCGCUUAAUCCUUUUGACGAUGACGAGGAGGUGGUAGCUACGACUCCAGUUUCACAAAAAGAGAGCGACAAACAGGGCUUGUCUGCCAUGACGGAUAAGGAAGCCGGUGACGCAGACUGGAAAAAGCAAGCUUUCGAUGGGCUUAUCUCUGGUUGUUUCGAUGCACACUUUGAUCUCUAUUUGAAUCAUGUCGAGAAAGCUUUGCAUGAUCAGCUACACAAUCGCCUUAUCGGGGAUUUCACAGUCAACAAAUCAAGUCUCUCGGGCCACGAGUUAACCGACGUUCUCAAGAACAGUGAUCAAGUAACGACGGCAAUGCCAGUGAGUACCGGUGAUUCUGGAGAGAACACGCUGUACUCCGCUACGGAUCUGUUUCUGCUUUACAAACAAAUCAUAAAACAGACACUUCAGCUGAAUCGUGGCCAAGGUCUUCUCGGCUUGGUACGGCUUCUCAGGCAGUAUCUUUCAGAAUACACGUUAUGGGUACUGUUAGCACAAAUUCCCGGAAUUUCCAUCGGAACGCCCACAACAGCAACGAGCGGAGCGUCUGAAAUGACUGCGAAAAUGGCUGCUUUCGGAUUAAGCGGACUAUCUGCUUUGGGUAUAGGUCGGGGCCAGACAACGAGCAAUACUCAGACUGAUGGAUUACGACCGAUUGGGCGUGCUAGUUUGAUAAACGGCGAUCAAAGCAAUGUUUCACUCAGUCAAUUGUUUUCCAGUCUCCUUCGGGACGAUCAGCAGCUCCCAAGGUUGAGCAAGGAUGAUAUUCACAAGGUCAGCAUUAUCCUUGUAACUGCGGCGUUCUGUCUGAAGACAGUGGAGGAGCUGGAAGCGCGUCUUAAGGUGGAGAUAAGACCGCCGUCCUGGGCCUCGAAGAUAUCGUUUUCACAAGAGAUGGAUGGAUUUGCGGCUUGUCGUUCCGUCUGUGUACAUCGCUUGGUAUCUGAUCUAGAAUCCGCCGCGGAGCCCCAGCUUGCUGCAAUGGCCCGUUUACCUUGGAACAAUCUUACUCAAGUCGGUGACCAAAGCGUGUAUGUGACAGAAAUAAUCAAGCACUUGCGUACUCAAGUGCCACUGAUUCGUGAUACUCUGUACAGCGUUCGGGCUACCUUCACUCAAAUCUGCAUCAAAUUUGCUGGCUCCCUCAUCACUCGGUUCAUAGGCUCUCUGUACCGCUGCAAGCCACUCAACACCUUCGGUGCCGAGCAACUGUUGUUAGAUACCCAGUCCCUCAAAUCAGCUCUACUGCAAAUGCCUGUGCUCGGUUCCAAAUUUGCACAGCAACCACCGCGGAGCUUCACCAACCUCGUGCAUGAAGGCAUGGGUGGCGCAGAGCGCAUUAUAAAAGCAGUUAUGCUUCCGGUUGGGUCCACUGGCCUCCCACAGGCGGCAACGGACACGAGCUCAACCCCCUCCGGGUUUGUCAUGGGCCCUGUGGAUGCGAACGCCGCGGAGGCGUUCCUGGCUAGCUACAGGCAGCUUCUGCCGGACGCAACACCCACAGAUUUACAAAAGAUUUUGGAAAUGAAGGGCAUCAAAGCCGCGGAGCAGCAGCUUAUUCUCGAUGCUUUUCGUAUUCAAUACGAUGCGAACAAAUCUUCUGUUCCGGCUGUGAUAAGUGAGAAAGAGACCAAAGCUUCUACGACCGAUGAAACAACUCGUGAUCAAUCAAAGUUGUCAAUGUCUACUGCGCCCAAGUCAUCCACCAACCACUCAGCGGCUACUGAUUCAUCCACUGCUUUACAGGCUGGUCGAAUACGCCAACUUGAGAAACUGGUCAAAAAGCGCCGUUGACUGAAUGGCGCUGGGGCCAGCUUCUCUGUGAUUUCGUUCAUAAUCACUCGUGUAAACUUAGAGGUGCUUCUAUUGAGUAUCCCAGCUGUCGUUCUCAUGGCGACCUUUGUAUGAUCCGUUACUCUUGCUACCUGAAUCCUCUCUUUGGCUGUGUUAUAUUCGAAAUGUGUUCUUGUUUAUUUACGUUUUCUUACACACCGGUCACUGUAAUGAUCACGGUUUUUGGUAAUCGCAUGUUUUUUUAGGUCAUGGCUGUUUUGCUUACACAUAUACCUGGGGUUGUUUUUAUGUCAUUUGGGUUCGAGGUGAUGUAUUAGUGCGAUUGGUAUCUUCCUUCGGUGCAUUUGAGAGGCACUGAUGUCGUUAUUUUGUUCGAAACGCUGGUAAAUAUGCUGUGAAGUUGAUUAUUGUCUUCUUUUUGCUGGGCCUCCUAAUCAUAAAAUUUGAAGUUGCUAACCACAAGGUUUGUUACAUGAACUGUGAAAAUGUAUUGGAUUUCCAAUUCCGGAGUUUAUCAUCAGUUCUGACUUCAUCACUCUUUUUUCCGAAGGAGCGAGUACGAACUAUCUCGAUCUCAUGUUU